CCACCGCUUAUCAGGUAUCCGCGCCGGCCGCGCGUGGAUCGGAUCGGGCAGUCGCAAGUGUGGCCGCACGCACUUUGCCUCCCAGUUGUGUGCCAUCUCCUCCGUUCACCAUGUUACUCCCGCUUCGGAAAUGGAUCUUUUGCCUCUUACACGCUUCAACUCUAGUUUCCCUGAUUCAUCUCGCCGAAAUCCCUACGUCUUGUGGUCCCAACUGUGCAUUUUUGAGAGCAGCCGAGUGUAUAUUCUUACAGCGCCCAACGUACGAAUGUGAUAGCAAUGAUGCACACAUCCCCUCAUCCUUGUUGAAGUUACUGGAUACUCUUCCUCAGAACAUUAAGAACUUAAUUCUCAAUGGAAAAUUUAAGAUAGCCAAUUCCAGCGAUAUGAUGAGAGUCUCUCCAAGUCUGUUGAACCUGAUACCGACAAAGGUGGUACAGCUUAAUGCAGAAAUUGUAUCUUCAUACUUACGAGCUUAUCCCUAUGAAUCUUUGGCAGCAACUAAACUGAUCAGCUGUCUAAACUCAUCAAGAGAAAGGAAAGCUUUUCUUGAAAUUUGGAGCGGAGUUGAAUCCAAUUCAAAGAUCGAAGAUAUUGUUGCAUCAGCUCUAACAAUCUGGAAAAUAGACGCAGAUUGGAAUUUUUUAGAUCUUGUUGAUUCAAACUCAACAGUUUUGCUACACUUGCCGCCUGACUUUCUACUCACAUUUGACACGAAGGGAGCUUCUGAAUUCCUCUUCCACCUUGGAUCAAAAUUCAACUCAAUAUCCCAUGCAAAAAUGAUGCGUAUUUUGAGAAACCUAUCAUCAAAAAACCUGAAAGUCUUGCAAAGAGCUUGGGCUAUUUUAGCAAUGAGGGAGCUGCCGGAUAAAAUCAAAUGGAACAAGUACAAUUUUAUUUUACCUGGUCUCACCUUAGACGAAUUGAAAAAUCUGGAAAUAGAUGAAGUAAAGCCAAUUAUAGCAUACGAUUUCAGCGUUGCGCAGAUUCGAACAGUAGUCUCUAAAAUAAUAGUCCCAUGGCACAUCAACUUCAAGCAAGUAGCCCUGUGGGUUAAGUUCAUGUCACCAUCUCAAAUCCAGAAUUUGUGGCAGUUCAAUUUCAAAGACCUCAAAAUAAUGGCGAAUGAAACUGCAUCGUAUAUCACUGCAAAACAGAUACUUCUGUACCAGCUGUAUCAACUAAAUCAGAAAUACGUCAAAGAAGGAAAGUAUCCAAAUCUAAACGGCUCUGCUGAUCUCAUCAAACUUGACGGUGGGUUUGUCGCCAUUCUGCCAUUGGCAAUCAUCGAACAGCUUUCUGCUUCCGAUGUUCUCACCCUUGAUUCUCUUCAAAAGAUUGACAGCAGUUCUAUGAGCCUAUCAAUGGCUUAUUAUUUAACAGAUGAAAGUAGAGUCUUUAAUUUGGGAGCACCCAGUAAGAAACUCACCGGUAUCAGAGGCAUGUUACGAGCGAUCCCCACAUCUCAAAUAAUGGCCAUCAAUGGAGAAAUGUCAUCAAUUAUUCUUCACCAUUUGCUUCAAAAUCUGCAAGGAGAUAAUGUAUUGCGGAACUUAGAACUCCUGAAAAAAUGCCGUUCAUUUUUAGGGAAUGUUGACUAUGUGCUGAAGUUCCUCCUGGAAAACAAAGAUAAAAACAUGUAUUUCAGUCUCUUGUCUCCCAAAGAUAUAGCCCACAUAUCCUUGAGUUCAAUCAAUGACCUAGUCAAGGAUAACUAUGGUCAGCGCAUUCAAGAGCUUCCAUCGCAUAUCUUGGCUGCGAUCUUAUCGAACAAUUCACCAACAUCCUGGACUUGGAAUAACAUGUUUAAUAGUUCGAAUGCUUUUGAAUCUCUCCUGAUGGGACUCAGUUGUAAAGAAAUUCGUAAAAUCGCAGACAGCGACUUCAUCACCAUAAUUGGAAGAUACAAUGAUGAGCGCAUGAAAAUUGGCAGAGUAUUCCCUAAAAAUCUUCAACAUUGUGGUCAGGCAGCCUUGAUUAAUUAUUUACUCUUGAAAUCCAAUUUAUACAAUGAACCGGAGCUUAUCGAUCUAUUGGAACCAAGUGACAUUGAAGCUGUUGGUGGUUAUAUUUUAGCAUCCUUACCAGUCGAAGAAAUAUUGCAAGCUCAAUAUAGCGCUCACAUCAUUUCAGCCAUUGGGCAAUUGAGUUUACCAGAACUUAUGCUUGCUGCCUCUCAAGAUCAUCUUAAUACUCUGAUGGAUGAAUAUUUAAAUAAGGAUCACAACCUAACAGACAUUCUGAACCUUCGGAACCUCAUUCAUUUCAUCCCUGCUUCUGCUCUUGUGAAAAUCAAUCCAAUGGAUUUGAAAUACAUGAUCGAAAGCGGUAUUAUAGACAAAAGACUUUGUGGUGAUUCAAGCACUCGAGAGGCCUGGUCAAGACUUUUAAUCACCAUAUACGGUUCACCUUCAAAGUGGAAUGCAAGUCAGUUAGAAACGGUAGGAGAUUUGAUGAUAGCUUUCUCUUCAGAUCGUUUGGAUACGAUUGAUUCUGCUCAAUGGCAGUUGCUGGCUGACAUUGCUGUGACCAGGUACACGGAUAUUGUUGAGUGGCCGAAAACCUCAACAUUUUAUCAGGCAUGCAUGUCAACCUUGAUCAAAUCUGAGCAAAAGCGUUAUUUGGAGGCAGUCAAAUCCCUAGCAAGGAAAUACUUCACCGAAGUGCAGCGCAUGGCCAGCUCAAUUAAACUCAACACCAAAGAUGACUCCAUCGUAUUGAUCAAAACCAACAAGAGCUCCUCAGAAAACUUGCCAGUGCCGAAAAUCAUUUCUUUAGAUGAAGGAGGAAGCUCCGCAGAAGAUAUGUACGAGAUCUUCACUGAGGAACCUUCGACCAAGUCACAUCAAGAAACUACUCCAAGUCCUCAGCAACUUCACCCAAAAGAUACUUUGAAAAUGAAAUCAGUCUCAGUCAGUUCCUUUAAGAGCCCAUCUGAAAUAAUUUCUACUAGCCGUACUAGUCCUGAGGACGCGAAUGUUUUGUCAUCCUCAACAAAAUUCCACCCAGGAAAUGUAAGCGGUGAGAACUACAACCCUCAUCCUAGGAUCAAAUCACAGGAAGAUUCUAAUGAAGAUCAUGCUUCACAAACAAAUACAGAUUCAGAGGAAAAUGGAGCAACAUUAUUCAAGUCACCUGGUUUUCCUUUGAUAACAGAGGUCUCCACCGGCACCCCUCAUCAACAAAAUGAAACUCCAGGUACUAACUCUCUGCACCUUAUUCCUCAUGAUCAUGAGUUUUUACCCGAGUUUUCAGAGCCAUCAACGGUUUCUCCAAGAGAAACGACAAAUUAUUUUUCGACGGAGGCUUCAAGAUACGGUUCUGAUGAUACUGUUAGCACCUUGCGAAUGUCUUUUCUUCCAGAGAAUAUUCUGUCAAAAGAAGAUGAAGAUAAUGGCAAUUUGCAUGUGCAUAUAAUUGAGCCAGAGAUAAUGGAAGAUAACCCGAUUCUUAAAAAUCCCGAUGAGAUUAAGAAAGGGAUUUCCAUAGAUUCAGAUCGGUCCAUUCUGUCCGAGAUAGACACUGAUGAUUCGCGCCAAAUGCAAUCCUCUGUAGAGGAUGAUAAGUUAGAGGUCUCCUUCACUGAUGCUAAUGAAAAACCUGAGUCCAGCUCGACAGAUGCACCGAAUUUCUUUUUAGGGUUAUUCAAUGGUUUUACAACAAAGUCCACAAUCUCUACGGAGGUCCUUUCAACUGAUUCUACUGAAAGGCCAAAGUUAAACUUCGCAGAUGGACCAAAUUUUCUUUCAGGGUUAUUAAAUGGUUUCACGACCAAGUCUGUAAUUUCUACGACGCCUGAAUCAGUCAAUGAAAAUUCCUUGGAAACCGAGUUUGAUUCUAACUUAGUAUCUUCAACUACCACAGAGGGCACCGAAUACGAAUUGGGGGAUACAUUUAGCGCUCUUUUAUUUGGGAAAGAGUUUACCGACCAAGCUGUAAAAGUCCGCAAAGGGUUGAAACAACUCAUGGGUGUAGAUAAGUCAAGGGAGUCACCAAUUCCUUUCAAUACUACAAACAUGAAGGCUACUGAUAGGAUACUGCCUGUUCAGAGUGAAAAUGAAGAACAAGGUGUUGAAAGUAAUGUCAAUUCGUCAUCAGUUGAGGAUGAGGUACAUCAGUCAACAAUAACUCCGAUCUUGAGCGUGGAACCCAUAAAUGAGAGGACUCAAGCUGAAGCCACUGUCUUCAAUGAAAACCCCUCUGCGGAAAGAAAUUCCAAGCCACCAACUGACGUGAUCUCCUCAACUGAGCCUCUAACUCAGCCCUCCGUAGUGUCUGAAAACAUGGAUCCCUUUGAUUUUCUAGAUUAUAAAGCAGGAAAAAUUAUUUCACUGGACAAUAUCUCUGAAAUGUUAGACUUGGAUUACGAUCAUCCUCUGGCUGAAGUAAUCGGGAAGGAAGGAAUCAGCAGCUCAGAGGCUGACGCCAGAUUUGCACGUUUUCGCAGGAAUGCAGAUCAACCUUCAAAUAGCGGGUUCUGUGAUUCAGUUAAAGUGCUUGGAGCAUCUGCAGUACUAGCCGUACGAGAUUUCGAUUUGCACUCAGUCACGAAUGAUGAACUUCUAAAUUGUGUGGAAGAUCUGGGUAAAUUAGACUUGCCACAGUCGAUCAAAGAAAUCAUUUGGCAACGAGUAAAAUCUUUGGAAGUCGUAGAUAUGGCCAUUGGGACUUUAGCGGGGGCUUGGAAACUGGAUGAUGCUAACAACGUGUCUCUGAAUAUCAGUGAGGAUUGGAAUUUGGAAAUAAUUCAUCUGCUCUCAAAGUACAAUAAGGACAAUUUGGUUGCAAGCGCUGUUGUUAAAAAGAUGAAGAAGCAAAUUUUCACGGGGGAAUUAAUCGGUGAAGUGCCAGAAGCCGUCAUAGUGGCCAUGGGACCUUUGCUUUGCCAUUUGAAUCCCAACGAACUACAGCUCAUGUUCCAGACGCCGGGCACUUUCAUGCAUGUCAUUCCAAUCAUCGGAAAUAUGAUGAGAGAUUGUGAAAUGGAAUGUCUCUCCAAAUUCGCCAAAUUGGCUGUUGCAUUCAUGGAUACCCCAGACUUAUGGACAUCAGACAUGGUUGCAUUGCUUGGCCCGAUACCCGCAGGAUUAGACGAGGAUAAUUGGAGACUUCUCGCCAGUCGUCCCCAGUCUGUCUCUGGCUUACGACCGAGUUCUUUGGAGUGCUUACCACAAUCUUUCCUACAGAUGAUGGGAGUAGAAGCACUGGGAAGCAUUUCUCCUUUAACGGCCAAAAUUUUAACGGACAAUCAGCUGAAAUCGCUAGAGAAACAGAAAGCAGAUGUCUUAAUCAGUGUGAAAAAUGAACAGUGGAGCCUUCGAAAUAUUUCUGCGCUACACAAACUGAACAUUGAUACGACUACAAAACCAAAAAUUGAAGUCGACCUGAGUUCUAAUUCGAAUUCUGUCACUCCGUCCAUUUUAAUUGCUGUCUGUUUAUCAGCUAUUUUCUCGUCUUGGUGUUAAUUGUCAAGUAAAUGAUUCUACUUAGGAUGAUUGGCAAAGUCAUUAAAUUUUUAAGCCCGUUUUGGUGAGCAUUAUUUGUCAUGCUGCUCAAUUGGAAAUUAUUUUAUCCAUUUUUUCUUGCGUUUUCUUCUUGUAAUAUUCUACAUGUUUUAUGGUGCAAAAAAUGUAAUGUCUUUUCAAUAGAAAGGAUCUUACAAUGAAAUAUUCUUUUUAUAUACCUAUGAUGUCUGUGAUAUAUUUUUCUCAACUCAGUAUUAUUAUUGAUUUUCGCCGUUUCUUUGGGAGUACCAAACAUGUCACAUUAGCUCAAGAAAUUUAGUGGAUGUUUCAGAGGCAACCAGGUGAAACUUUCCAAAAUAGUAUAUGUCUCUUUUAGCCUAGUUUUGUGUUUGUUUUGAAGUGAUGAUAGUCUCUUUAUGAUUUAAGGGAAAAUUGCGCAUUUCAAAAUCUCAAAGAAGAACUCAUUGUCAAGAUUUGUGAUUGUUGAUAUCGAUCUCUUCUUAUUUUCCGUACAAAAUUGAACAUUUUUCAGAAAAUUUAUAGAAUUAAAUCUACACCCUUUCAUACUUGUAUGUCUCUUUGAAGAUUUAAGUAAAAAAAUAUACUCAUGUUGUUUAGUUA